AUGACCAAAUUAGAUCUGAUUCAAUUUUAUGGCGACAUUUUAAAGAAGAUCUCCAAACUGAUCAUAUUGGACCCAGCAAGAAAACUGUAUUAUUUGGAUCUAGAAAGUAAAUUGAAAAUCGAAAAGUGUUUGAAAGAAAAGAAAACUUCAAUGAGGUCAGUUGAUCUUUCAAAUCUAGCGUUGACCAUUUUGUCCCAUGCAGAUGAGAUGUUCUGGUUCAAAUCAAUAAACUUAUCCAACAACAAUCUGACGGAAUUAAGUAACGGCCACUACUUGUAUUGCAUUGAGUUGUUGAUCCUGAACAACAACAGAAUAAAAUCGUGUGAUAAACUUUACAAUUUGAAACAACUCGCCAUCCUGGAUCUUUCCAAUAAUUGUAUUUCUUGUGUGGAUGAUUUGAGAACUUUGAGCUCCUGUCCCAAAUUACAAACCCUAUUCCUAAAAAACAAUCCAAUCUCGUUAAUUCCCGACUAUGAAAAUUUAGUGAAAAAUAUUUUACCACAAGUGAAGUUCUUCAACUGA